UUAGUAAAUACUGUAUAAACUGAUAAAUACCUUUUCUCAUCAGCAGUUAGAGCAGUUUUGUGACUUCUACAGUGUUCAGCAGAGCACUGGUUAAAGCUUGCAGGAGGAGUUUUCAUUCUGCUAUUAGAGGUUGCAGAAACCCUGACCUCUGUCUGGACAAUGCUGAUUGGCUCUGUGCUGAUCAUGUGCACUCUAAGUUAUACACACCAAACUGAGCAUAUGCAGGGUGACUCCACACGAUAUGUCUUAUCAGGAGAUAAGGGGGCACUGGAAGAAUGGUGGGAUCAGAGAAGUCGGGAUCAAACA